CAGUUGCUCUGCGCCCGCGCACACGGCCGCACGCUAAAUUAAGAAAAAACAAAUUCAAAAUGGCCGCGCGCACCAUAUUAAGCACUCAGUGUUUGUACACAGCCGCCAGACGGGCGUAUAGUUCUAACACCGACAAGAAUGUGGCUUUCCUCGGCCUCGGAAACAUGGGAGGGUUCAUGGCUGCGAACUUGGUUAAAAAGGGUUUCACAGUUCGCGGCUACGAUCCUUCCAAAGAUGCACUGAACGCAGCGGCCAAGAACGGAGUGACGCCAGCCAACUCCAUUGCUGCAGCCGUUGAUGGAGUCGACGUGGUCGUUUCCAUAUUGACCAGCAAUAAAGUCGUGCUCGACGUGUACCUGGGCAAAGAUGGCGUUGUGGCUCAUGCGAAAAAAGGAUCGCUUCUGAUCGAUUCGAGUACAAUAGAUCCGAAUGUUCCCAAACAGAUCUUCCCUAUAGCCCUAGAGAAAGGGCUGGGAUUCACAGAUGCACCUGUAUCUGGAGGAGUCAUGGGUGCUCAGAACGCUACCCUGGCCUUCAUGGCCGGAGGUCGUAAAGAAGACUUCGAAAGGUCCCUUCCUCUCCUCAAAGUGAUGGGAGCUAAGCAGUUCCACUGCGGACAGAUCGGCUCAGGACAGGUGGCUAAACUGACCAAUAACAUGUUGAUGGGCAUCACCGGAAUGGCUACAGCUGAGUGCAUGAACAUGGGCAUUAAAAUGGGACUCGAACCGAAGGUUCUGUUGGACGUGCUGAACAACUCAUCGGCUCGCUCCUGGUCGACCGAGGUGUACUGUCCAGUCCCCGGACUGGUGCCCACCGCUCCGUCGAGUAGAAAUUACGAUGGCGGCUUCAAAAACGAACUUAUGGUUAAGGACUUAGAAUUAGCCAGUGGCAUGGCGUUGGGUAUUCGUUCGCCGAUCCCAUUGGGCGCUGUCGCAACUCAGCUCUACCGCAUCGUGCAGUCCAGGGGCUACGGCCAGAAAGACUUCUCGUUCGUCUUCCAGCUACUGAAAGAAGAAAACAAAAAUUAGAAUUAAAACUGUCUGAAUCAUU